ACAGGAGUCACAGCCUCAAACCAAAGGAAGCCUUUGUUCGUUUCUCUUUCUCUUUUUAAAAAAUUAAAUCAUCACUCUCUGAAAACUCAAAGCAAACCCGAGGAAAGCAUCAGCAUCACUCGUUACUCAUUCCUAUUGCUGGGCCAAUGGAGAGCUUUGCACUCCACUCGCUCUCCACCUCAACCUCUCUCUCUCGUUUUUCCCAUCUCCUUCAUCGUCGUCGUCCUCGACCCAUUUUCAGAUCCCAAUUCUCUCUUCCAUCCAACCCAACUCCAUUUCUCAGAUCACCCAUAAUCACCCAAACUUUCCCUUUUCCCUCUAAAGCUUCCACCUUUAAUCCUCUCACAAAACCCCACAAAGCAAUUCAAGCUGCAAAGUCCUCUCCACCAUCACCACCCCCACCACCAAGUCCAAUUCAGGGUGCAAAGCCCAUCCCUUUGAUAAUUUCCAUAUGCAUAGGCCUCGCUGUUCGGUUCUUGGUUCCGAAGCCAGUGGAAGUGACACCCGAAGCAUGGCAAUUGUUAUCGAUUUUUCUGACAACGAUAGCAGGCCUUGUUCUGAGCCCGUUGCCGGUGGGGGCGUGGGCCUUUCUGGGCCUGACGGCGUGUGUGGUGACAAAGACUCUGAGUUUUUCAGCGGCUUUCAGUGCCUUCACGAACGAGGUGAUUUGGUUGAUAGUGAUAUCGUUUUUCUUUGCUCGUGGGUUUGUGAAGACUGGGUUGGGGGAUAGGAUUGCUACGUACUUUGUGAAAUGUAUGGGAAAGAGCACUUUGGGCUUGUCUUAUGGCCUCACUUUCAGUGAAGUUCUCAUUGCUCCGGCAAUGCCUAGCACCACUGCAAGAGCUGGUGGUGUCUUCUUGCCAAUUAUUAAGUCUCUGUCUCUCUCUGCUGGCAGUGAACCCGAUUCUCCCACGGCUAAGAGGCUAGGGGCUUACCUUGUUCAGAACCAGUUUCAGUCUGCUGGUAACUCUAGUGCUCUUUUCCUAACUGCUGCAGCUCAAAAUCUGCUGUGUAUCAAACUAGCAGAGGAGCUUGGUGUGAUAGUUUCAAACCCUUGGGUUACUUGGUUUAAGGCAGCUAGUUUACCUGCGCUUGUUUGUCUUCUUCUUACACCAUUGAUUUUAUACAAGCUCUAUCCCCCUGAAAUCAAAGACACACCAGAGGCUCCUGCCCUGGCUGCAAAGAAGCUGGAAAGUAUGGGCCCCGUCACUCAAAAUGAAUGGAUUAUGGUUGGCACAAUGCUUCUUGCAGUCUCUUUGUGGAUCUUUGGAGAGACUAUUGGUAUAGCAAGUGCUGUAGCAGCAAUGAUUGGUUUAUCCAUACUCCUCCUAUUAGGAGUCCUUGACUGGAAUGACUGCUUGAAUGAAAAAUCAGCAUGGGAUACCUUAGCUUGGUUUGCCAUUCUAGUAGGUAUGGCAAGCCAGUUGACAAACCUUGGUAUUGUGAACUGGAUGUCUGAUUGUGUGGCCCACAACCUUCGUUCAUUCUCUUUGAGUUGGCCAGCCUCAUUGGCUGUUCUUCAGGCGGCUUAUUUCUUCAUCCAUUACCUUUUUGCAAGUCAGACAGGACACGUGGGGGCUUUAUACUCUGCGUUUCUUGCUAUGCAUAGGGCAGCUGGUGUUCCUGGUGUUCUGGCAGCGCUUGCUUUAGGUUAUAAUACAAACCUUUUUGGUGCAAUAACACACUAUAGUAGCGGCCAGGCUGCUGUAUACUAUGGAGCUGGUUAUGUAGAACUUCCGGAUAUCUUCAAAAUGGGGUUCAUUAUGGCCGUUAUUAAUGCUAUCAUCUGGGGAGGUGUUGGCACUUUCUGGUGGAAAUUUUUGGGCCUGUAUUGACUUUUCAUUUCCAUGUAAGUAAAUAUCAUUUUUUCCUGUUUCAGUUGGCCUUUCUUUUUCCCGGCCGAAAGAAAAGUCCUUAAGUUGAGGACAAUUGAGCUCACCAUUUUGACAUGAAUUUUUCCUGCUUUUGGCUUUAUUUAUUUGUUAGUUUUAAUAUUGUUACCUUUGCUUUAGUUUAUAUACACUCAAUAUUAUUUAUAAAGGAUUUAAGGAAUCCUAAAAGGUUUGACACUUGGAUGAUCUUCUUUUGUGGAGGUUUAGCAUGGUUUGAUGAUGUUAGCCUUUCCGACUAAUCAAUUUUCUG